AUGACGUUCACAAAGGGCGCGCAGGACGCGCUCCUGCAAUGGGCCAACACCUUUGCCCUCGACAAGAAGGCCAGGACAAUGGACGACUUCCAUGAUGGCAUCCUCCUCUCCCAGAUCCUUGCCGACCUCGACACCAGCUAUGACCCCUCCGAAAUCCAGACCGAAGACAAGCGGUGGCUCGCCAACAAGAAGAACCUCCAGAGCGUCUACAAAGGCCUUGCCCGCCUGAUCCACCGCGAGUGUCCCGGCCUCGGCCGCCAGGCCAGGAUCGCCGACUUUCGCGCCAUCGCCUCGAGCCCCGAUGCCCAGGGCAUCUGCAAGGUAGGCCACGACCACCCCGUGUGCUCGACGAAACCCACCCAGCGCGUGCUAACCACAGUGUCCCUGCAGCUCCUGGCGCUCCUGUUCGCCGUCGCCAUGCUCGGCAGCAACAACGAGCGCUACGUGACCCGCAUCACGCGCGACAUCACCGACGGCGCCGCCCUGUCGCAGCUGCAGCGCAUCACGGUCGAGAUGAAGACGGACAUGGAGGAGGCGCUCGCCGCCGCCGGCACCGACGACGCCCACGACGUGGCCGUCGGAGGCGCGGGACCCGGACCCUCGCUCCUCGAGGAGGAGAACGCCGGCCUCAUGGCCCAGCUCGACAAGAAGCAGAAGAACCUUGCCGACAUGGAGACGCGCCUCGCCCACCUGCAGGAGAGCUACGACGACCUCAAGGACGAGGCCGCCCGUGUCACGAGCGAGCUCGAGGACGUGCGCAGCAUGCACAGCGGCGCCGGCGACCAGGUCAUCCGGAACCUCGAGAUGAAGAUUCGCGAGCAGGACGAGCUCAUCGCCACGCAGGAGGGCCAGCUCGAGGACGUGCGCGUCGCCAAGGAGCGCCUGCAGACCGAGAUGGCCGCCCUCAAGACGAGGGCCGCCCGCGCCGACGUCCUCGAGGACGAGGUCAACGAGCUGCGCUACCGCGCCGAGGAGCUCGGCCGCAAGGCCAACAUGGUCGAGCGGUACAAGCAGAAGCUCGAGGCGAGCAGCAAGAUGCAGAGCGAGCUCGACAACUUGCGCUACGAAAAGGAGGAGAUGCAGCGCGACCUGCUCGAGUACGAAAAGGUCCUGAAGAGGAACCGCGCCCUCGAGCUGACAAACGACAAGUACGCCGAGAAGAUGCAGGAUUACGAGGUCCAGCUUAUCGAGCUGGACGGCAAGCGGAAGGAGGAGUACAACGAGAUGAUCGCGCUCAGGGAACACCUCGACAUGGGCUCGAGAUCAGAACAGUCACGCUUGCGCAAGGAGCUCGAUGAAGAACCUGCGCAGCGCAACCGGCUGCAGAAGAACUUCAACGAUAUUCACGAGAAGCACACCGUGGCGGAAGCACAGGUCCAGUCACUGCUGCGCGACAUGACGGACGAAAAGUAUGUCGAGAAGAUGGAUGUCCUGUUCCCCGCCGGUGGCAACGUGGCAAUGCUAACGCAGGAGUUCUUCACCGCCAGGGCCUACAACGAACUCGUCGCACAGCAGAAGAAGUCGGAAUUGGAGCUCAAGCAACACAUGGAGCUGGCGACAGAACUACGAAACCGCAUCGCGGACCGCGACCGCGAACUGUUGAGUGCGAAGACUGACCUUUCAGCCGUCGAGAAGGAUAGUAUUGAAGCGCUCGAAGAGCUCAAGGCAACCGACAAGCUCAUCUCCGGCUCGCUGCAGGAGGAGCUCGAGGCGCUGCGAACCGACCACAAGAACGCCGCCACGGACGUGCAGGAGGCGCAAAAGGCACUGACCAAAGCCCUCCUCGAGAAGGACGAGCUUCGAAAGGACCUCGAUACCGUCAAGGAGCAGGGCGCUGGCCAAGACUCGUCCAAAUAUCUGGAGAAGAUCCAACAGCUGCGUGACCGGCUCAAGGAGCGCAACGAGGUGAGUGGCCCUCUUUCAGUCCAGUCGAGAUAUACGCGAGACCACAUCGUCAUCUUCCCCGACAACAACACGCGCCUCCCCGGACAGCCCACAAGGCCGCCUGCGUGCAAACAGGCCCGUAGUAGCAUCUUACCAGCCCGUCCUUCCGCUGCCCUUGUCAGGGACAGCCAUCCGCUGGCGCGAGAACCAGCCUUCAAAAUGACUGCCCCCAAGCUCUCCCUUUCGUCCGUACACUCCCCAACAUGCAUCGGAACGGCAGAAUCAGGCAUACCUGCCCCCGUUCAAGGCUCGAACCCGAUACUCCCGGAACCCAAGGAACGGCCCACGUCUUGGUGGUCCGUCCACAGCAGCGUCCCUCAAGAGAAGCGCAGCUCUUGGGGGGCACUGUUCUGGUAG